AUGACCAGACAGAAGGAAGCAUUUAUAAACAUUGAUUCUUCAUUUGGCUCAAAAGUUAAAUUGGGCAAUGGACAACAUGUCGAAGUGAAAGGGAAAGGAAGCAUUGGAGUCACCACAAAGCAAGGAAGCAAAGUCAUGCAUGACACGCUUUAUGUGUCAGAAUUAGACAAAAAUUUGCUUAGCAUUGGACAACUUCUGGAGCACGGCUAUUCUCUAAACUUUGAUAAUAGAGAGUGCAGAAUUUUUGACUCAGAAAGAAGAAGUGUUGCCGUUGUGAAGAUGACUAGCAACAGGAGCUUUCCACUAUCUUUCAACUAUGAGAAAAAUCAACCUCAAGGCUUUGUGACUAAAGGACAAGAAGAAAAGGUUUACAAGUUGAAGAAAGCUCUCUAUGGGUUGAAACAAGCCCCUAGAGCGUGGUAUAGUGAAAUUGACAGCUACUUCAUUCAACAAGGAUUUCAAAGAAGUCAGAGUGAGCAUACCUUGUAUGUGAAGCAUCAAGUGAUGAAUGAAAAAUUAAAGAAGGAAGAUGGUGGAAGAUUAGUAUAUGCAAGCAUGUAUAGAAGUUUGGUUGGAAGCUUGUUUUAUCUAACAGCUACACGACCCGAUUUAAUGUUUGCUGCUAGUUUACUCUCAAGUGAUUGGGCUGGAAGUGUUGAUGACAUGAAAAGCACUUCUGGUUAUGUGUUCAGCCUGGGUUCAGGAGUAAUUUCUUGGUGUUCGAAGAAACAAGACACUGUAGCGUAA